AUGGGGAAGAAAAGGCUACAUGCCAUUAUGAUCGGAUUCUGCUACCAAGGCCAUGUCAUCCCCUUCACCAAUCUGGCUAUCAAGCUUGCUUCAAGUGGAUGCAUCGUCACGUUCGUCCACCCCGAGUUCGUUCACCACAUGCUAGCCAAAGCUGAUGGCGUUAACGUUGCAGAGGUCGAUCCCUUCAUCCGAGCUCGCCAGUCGGGUCUAGACAUACGUUACACCACAAUUAGGGAUGGGUUCCCGCCUGAUUUCGACAGGAUACUCAACUACAAGCAGCACUGGGAGGCUAUUUUCCUCGAUUUCCCGCCACGUGUGGAUGAGUUAAUCGGAAACAUAAUCCACUCCGAUAAUGAGGCUUUUAAGCAUUUCUUGGUUGCUGAUACUUUUUAUUCUUUGCCUGCAACUCUUGCUCAUAAGUAUAACAUGUUGAACGUCUCCUUUUGGACACAGCCUGCUCUUGUGUUUACAUUGUACUAUCACUUGGAUCUUCUCAGAGAGAAGGGCUAUUUCCCAAUACAAGGUGAAGAGGAAAAUGUGAUCAUAGAUAUUAUACCAGGAGUUGAGGCCAUCAAGUUUAAGACAAAAGAUUUGACGUCCAAUUUUCACGAUUUGGACGAAACAAGCAUCACCAGAAGGAUUACGGUGGAAGCAUUUGAGAAGGUGAAGCAAGCAGAUUUCAUCCUCAUCAACACAGUAGAUGAACUCGAACAUGAAUGGGUUUCAGCUAUAAACCAGAAGCAGCCUACUUAUGCAAUAGGACCUGUAAACUUCACCAAACUUGAUGUUCCAAAGAGUCUAUGGUCCGAGACAGAUUGCGCGGAGUGGCUGGAUUCGAAGCCUCGUGGGUCUGUUUUGUAUGUUUCUUUCGGAAGUCUUGCUCAGAGCAACCAGCAGGUAGCUGAGGAGAUAGCUAACGGGAUUCUCCUAAGCGGAGUUCACUUUGUCUGGGUGAUUCGUGACGGUGCUGACAUUUUGCCCGAUGGUUUUGCGAAUGACAGCAAGGAUCAAGGGGUGAUCAUUUCGUGGUGCAAUCAGAAUGCAGUGCUCUCCAAUCCUGCGAUUGGAGGAUUCCUAACGCAUUGUGGGUGGAACUCGAUUCUUGAAUCCAUAUGCUGCGGUGUUCCCAUGAUAUGCUAUCCCUUUUUCGCGGACCAACCAACUAACAGAAAACUAGUGGUUGAUGAUUGGAAGGUGGGCAUUAAUCUUUGCAACGGAAUCUCAGUUGAUAGGAAAGAAGUUGCAGAGAAGAUUAAGGAGUUGAUCAGUAGUGAAACUUCAAAUUCGUUGAGGGGUGAGAUGAAGAGGAUGAGCUCGGUGGUGCACAAAGCAUUGGAUGAAGAUGGCUCCACGCACACAAAUUUUCAUCGAUUUCUCGAUGAUUUGUGGGCUAAGGCUGCUAGUGCUACUCAUGGAUGAACAUUUUUUACUUCUCAAUACAGAGAGAAUCGGUAGCUGCAAAAUCAAACUAAGGUCUUGUCUGAUGAAUGUAGUAUUGUAUCAGUUAACGUUUUUAUAGAAGUAUUGUACUUGUAAUGCGCUAUCAUCAAUAGACAAUAGUGUU